AUGUCCGACGUCGAGGAGGAGCUCUUGACUGGCGAAUUUGCCAAUGGCUCAAGUAAAAUCAACCUUGAUGCCGCUGAGAUUGAGCUGAAGAAACGCCGUAUGCAAGAGUUGCUGGAUAAAGCUGCUGCAUUUACUGCUUUGAAGGAAACCGGAGCUGAUUCUGGUGCCACUUUGAGUAGUCCUUCGAGUUCUCAUGCCCCUCCACUGUCUGCUCCAGAUCACCGUCAUCGACGUACAGAAAAGGAGGAAGACGAGGAACUUCUUAUUGAAACUAAGAAAGGCAGCAAUGCUAUAAUAACACGUUUUGAUGUCACACCAUGGUAUGUAAAGGGUGGUGAAAUGCGGGACUAUCAAAUCCGUGGUCUGAAUUGGUUGAUUGGUCUCGGUUUAAGCAACACCAACGGAAUACUUGCAGAUGAAAUGGGGCUGGGUAAAACAUUGCAGACAAUAUCCUUGCUGGGUUACGUAAAGCACUAUCGGGGCAAGUCUGGACCCUUUCUCGUCAUCGUCCCAAAGUCGACGCUUUCGAAUUGGAUGAAUGAAGUCCGCAAAUGGGUGCCUACCCUUCACCCUGUUUGUUUAAUAGGGAGCGCUGACGAAAGAGCACGUGUUAUCCGUGAAGAAAUUUUGCCUGGAAAUUGGGAUAUUUUAAUCACAAGUUAUGAAAUGUGCAUAAAAGAGAAGAAUCUUUUGAGGCGCUAUAACUUUGUCUACCUCGUGAUUGAUGAGGCUCAUCGCAUAAAGAAUGAGAAGUCCAAGCUUUCAGAGGUCGUGCGCAUGUUCACUUCGCAGAGUCGCCUCCUGAUUACCGGCACCCCUCUUCAAAACAAUCUUCACGAAUUGUGGGCACUUCUUAACUUCUUGAUGCCGCAAAUGUUCAUCUCCUCCGACACUUUUGACGAACUUUUUAACUCACAAUCCCUCCAGGAAGAAACCCUAGUUACCCGCCUUCAUUCGAUCCUCCGGCCUUUCCUUCUGCGUCGUGUGAAGGCCGAUGUCGAAAAGAAGCUGCCUCCAAAGAAGGAGAUUAAGAUAUACGUUGGUCUGAGUAAAAUGCAGCGGGAGCUGUAUACAAAGAUCCUCAUGAAGGAUCUCGAUCUUGUCAAUACCAAUGGACAGAAGGCCGACAAAGUGCGUCUGUUGAACGUCCUGAUGCAACUUCGAAAGUGUUGCAACCAUCCAUACCUUUUCGAUGGCGUAGAACCGGGUCCCCCUUAUACCACCGACCAGCAUUUGGUGGAUAAUUGUGGCAAGAUGAUUCUUUUGGAUAAGUUGUUGAAGAAGCUGCGCGAACAGGGCUCUCGAGUUCUGAUUUUUAGUCAGAUGACAAGGACCCUUGAUAUUCUCGAGGAUUAUUGCAUGUGGAGGGGACACGAGUAUUUCCGACUAGACGGUCAAACAGCCCAUGAUGACCGGCAAGUUUCCAUUGAUGAGUUUAAUCGUCCUGGCUCGACGAAGUUCAUUUUCAUGCUCUCCACUCGUGCCGGUGGUCUGGGGAUCAACUUGGCCACGGCUGAUGUGGUCAUUCUUUACGAUUCAGACUGGAAUCCUCAGGUAGAUUUACAGGCCAUGGACCGUGCACAUCGUAUUGGUCAGACAAAGACAGUACGCGUCUUUCGUCUCAUCACUGAGAACACUGUGGAGGAGAGGAUCGUUAUGCGCGCUGACAUGAAACUCUACUUGGAUAACCUUGUAAUUCAACAGGGGCGUCUUGUUGAUCAGAAGUCCAAUCAAUUACAAAAGACGGAAGUCAUCGAUAUGAUCAAAUUCGGUGCCAACUACAUUUUCCGCAGCAAGGAGAGCACAAUUAAGGAUGAGGAUAUAGACGAGAUUCUUGCUCGUGGGGAGCAGAAGACUAGUGAGUUGAAUGAAAAGUACGCCAAGAUGGGUGAGUCCAACCUGCGACAGUUGCGCUUUGACACGGAGGACGAGGGGCCCGACUCUGUCUACAUUUUCGAUGGUGAGGACUAUCGAACUAAACAACAGAACUCCGGUGCACUUGCCGGUUGGAUUGAGCCGCCAAAACGAGAGCGCAAAGCCAACUACGCGGUAGACGCAUACUUUCGCGAGGCCCUUCGAGUGUCGGAGCCGAAAGCGCCCAAAGCACCACGCCCGCCCAAGCAGCCGAACAUUCAGGACUUCCAGUUUUUCCCCCCACGUCUCUUUGAACUCCUUGAUAAGGAAAUUUAUGCGUUUCGAAAAAGCAUAGGCUAUAAAGUGCCUAUCAAUCCGGAUGCCGGCCCGGAAGGUAAACGCGAACGUCAAGAGGAGCAGGCGAAGAUAGACGAUGCUACUCCACUCGAUGAGGCUGAACUGGCAGAGAAGGAGGAGCUUUUGACUCAGGGCUUCACAAACUGGUCAAAGCGCGACUUUCAGCAGUUUAUCAAGGCCAACGAGAAACAUGGCCGUGACGAUUUAGAGUCGAUCUCCCUCGAUGUAGAGGGCAAAUCUCCCGAGGAAGUUAAACGCUAUGCUCGAGUGUUUUGGGCCCGAUGUAGUGAGCUCCAGGAUGUGGAUAAACACAUGGCCCAGAUUGAGCGUGGAGAAGCGAAGAUACAGCGACGUGCAGCUGUGAAGCGUGCUUUGGAUAUUAAAAUGGGUCGUUACCGCGCCCCAUUCCAUCAAUUGCGAAUUCAGUAUGGUCCUAAUAAGGGCAAGAAUUACACAGAGGAAGAUGAUCGGUUCCUCAUUUGCAUGCUCCACAAGCUCGGUUUUGAUCGUGACAAUGUAUAUGAUGACCUUCGGCUAGCCAUUCGGCUGGCGCCCCAGUUUCGAUUUAAUUGGUUUAUUCGAUCCCGAACCUCCAUGGAGUUGCAACGGCGGUGCAGCACGCUUAUCACCUUAAUCGAGCGCGAAAUAAUAGAUAUGGAGGACAAGGGAAAGCAGCGAGGCGGUACAGGUGGAGUCACGGGGCUGUCAACUAAUCCGAGCGGGCCGGGAGGUGCUGGCGCCGGUGCAUCGGUGGCACAAAAGCGCAAAUCUUCAUCUGUCAUCAAUCCCGCACAAAUUGAUAAGAAGGGGCCUGGAUGGGUUUGGGCACAGCCGGAUUGCGUGGAGGGUUCGGAAGCCGGUGCCAGGGUGGCGCUAACCUCAGACGUGGAGCAUAUGCCUGUUACUUCACCAAGACUUAUGACAUCAGAUCCUUCCCGGAAGUUGCGUAAAACUCUUGAGAAGGACACAAAGGAAAUACUAAUUGAAGGAACUGAUGGCAUUAGAGACUAUUACUGUAGCAAAAUUGAUGAACUCCAGUUCACUGUUACGGAAAAAAUGCAGAAUCUUAGAAGGUUGGGAGCUCAGCGGAAUGAGCUGAAUGCCAAAGGUAUUGUUCGUUACCUUUAUGAAAGUUUAGUUCGACUCUUACGUGAGGAACUUCAGCUUCUUCAAGAACAAGGUUCCUACGUUGGUGAAGUUAUCAAACCAAUGGACAAGAAAAAAGUUCUAGUUAAAGUUCAGCCUGAAGGGAAAUUUGUUGUCGACAUUGAUAAAAAUAUAGAUAUCGGAUCGGUCACACCGAAUUGCCGUGUAGCUCUCAGAAAUGACAGUUACACCCUUCAUAAAAUUCUUCCCAGCAAAGUCGACCCCCUGGUUUCUCUCAUGAUGGUUGAGAAGGUGCCCGAUUCAACCUACGAAAUGAUUGGUGGCUUGGAUAAGCAAAUAAAGGAGAUUAAAGAGGUCAUUGAGCUUCCUGUUAAACAUCCGGAGUUGUUUGAGGCUCUUGGAAUUGCUCAGCCUAAAGGCGUUUUGCUGUAUGGCCCUCCUGGUACCGGGAAAACGCUUUUAGCUCGGGCAGUUGCCCAUCACACCGAAUGUACUUUCAUUCGUGUGAGUGGCUCAGAACUUGUUCAGAAGUUUAUUGGAGAAGGUGCGAGGAUGGUACGUGAACUUUUCGUUAUGGCCAGAGAGCAUGCUCCGUCAAUCAUUUUCAUGGAUGAAGUAGAUUCCAUUGGUUCAACUCGUUUGGAAAGUGGUUCUGGUGGUGAUAGCGAGGUUCAGAGAACCAUGCUUGAAUUGUUGAACCAACUUGAUGGCUUUGAACCCAAACAGAACAUCAAAGUUGUGAUGGCCACUAAUCGGAUAGAUAUCCUCGACUCCGCGCUUCUGCGUCCCGGUCGUAUUGAUCGCAAAAUUGAGUUUCCAGCUCCUAAUGAGGAGGCCCGCUUGGAUAUAUUGCGGAUCCACUCCCGAAAGAUGAAUUUAACUCGGGGCAUUGAUCUUAGAAAAAUAGCUGAACUGAUGCCCGGUGCUAGUGGUGCCGAAGUAAAGGGAGUUUGCACAGAAGCUGGCAUGUACGCCCUGCGGGAGCGCCGUGUGCAUGUGACACUGGAAGACUUUGAAAUGGCAGUUGCGAAGAACGGUUUUCCGAGCGUUAUUAGUCCAAACACUAACUCUGAUUCUCCCCUUAAUUCCGCGGUCCCAAAAUAUAAUAAUUUCCGUGGGAACAUGGCUAUCACAACCGACAUGUACAUUAGCCAACAUAGUCGCCAUAAUCCUACAUCAACACAGUUCGGCCAUACCCUUCAAUAUCACCCUAACAGUCUCCCUCAGGGCCUGCACAAUCUCCCGAAUUCUACAAAUUGCCAAGUUUCUUUUAACGGAUUUGUUCCCUCCUCGCGAGUCCUGGACAUUUGGGCCAAUAACUUCCACGAAGGUAUGCGAAUGGUACGGAGGUUGGCGAAGUGCGCGAGAUAUGUGGCGGUAGACACCGAGUUUCCCGGCGUGGUGGCAAAGGUUUUCGGUGAAUAUGUGAAUACUUUCGACCAAGCAUAUCACAAUAUUAAAGUGAAUAUCGAUAUGUUACGUCCCAUUCAAAUCGGCUUCAGUUUCUUUGGUGAAAGAGGACAGUGUAUAGAUUCGGUCGCAACUGUCCAAUUUAAUUUGAAGUGGAAUGUUGAUAAUGAGACGCAUGCCGCCGAUUCUAUUCAAUUGCUUCAAGACUGUGGAAUCGAUUUUUACAAACUGAAACGCGAUGGAAUAGAACAGCAGGAUUUCGCGGAGGCUUUCAUCGGUAGCGGUCUGGCACUGAAUGACCAAAUCACUGCUUAUGAUUUCGCAUAUAUGAUGAAAAUAUGCACAGACUGGCUUCAGAUGCCUGAACACGUAUCGCAAUACCAGGCUAUGUUGCAUAUGUUCUUUCCCCGCAUCGUUGACCUGAAAUCAGUAAUGUCCGAACACAAGUUCUCCAAAGGUGGUUUACAAGAGUUGGCUGAUGCCCUACAUGUGCAGCGUGUCGGUUACAAGCAUCAGGCUGGAAGUGAUUCUAUGCUUACUGGUGAAACGUUUUUCCGGUUCCUCGAUGAGCAUUCCGCAGGAAAAUUGAAUCCUCGUUUCGUGAAUCUCGUUUACGGCCUCAACUUUUGCCCAAACGGUUCAACCAACUCCAUUUUACCUAUGAAUGGAUCUCCCCUCGAAUCUGCACCGCUUGGUGGGAUGUACAGUCCCAGCACCUCCGGCUCUCAACACAAGGAGACGCAUAGUGCCGACCAUUCUGGGAGGAACUCACCUGAGGGCUCCCUGAGUGGGCACAAAAGCAGUUGA